AAGCAUUGAAAUGGCGGAGUUGAAGACGAUGACGCUCAAGAUCCUCACCAAGUCCAAUCGCGGGCGAUACAAGAUAACAAACGAGCUGUGCAAAGUUCCAGGAGUGAAGAACAUCGUGGUGGAUCUCGAGGAGCAAAAGAUGACCGUCACGGGGCACUAUGAGCAAGAAAACCUGCUCAAGAAAGUUGCAAAGUUUAAGAAGCUCGUCCAGGUCUGGCCCUCUGAUCCUCCGCCACCGCCACCACAGCCGGACAAUCCAAUGCCUUCGAUCAUCGAGCUCAAGGUGGCUUUGCAUUGUCCCGGAUGCCAACGAAGAGUUCUAGCAGCGUUAUGCGAAUUGCGAGGAGUUGAAAAGGUAGACACAGACAUGGAGAAGCAGCGUGUUGUAGUAACAGGCCAUGUCGAUCCGGACUCGUUGCUUAGAAAGAUCGCGAAAACGAAGAAACGAGCACAAAUUGCCUCGGUGACGCAUCCCCCGCCUCCGGAAGCCCAGAAGGAAGAGUGAUCUUCGCUUAGAAUCCAUAAACCCUAAAACUAGCAGCUCAAAUCCAAAAGAAAUA